UCCACCAAUACUGCUCCGUAAUGGGUCAUUUACUUAUUUAAAUUCAAAAAUAAUUGUGAAAAGUGGUAUAUAAAUAAGCCUUUGUAUAUACGUGCUGUAAACAACGACCGAGUUUCGAAGAGGACGCAGUAAUAUGGAGUAACACGAUUAUAUUUACGUUUCUAAUGUGUUUGAAAUUAUAGUUCAUGACCGUGUGAUUGUGUGAUUACAUUUUGUAAAAUGUCUGUAAUAUUGAAAAGUUUAUGGAACGGCUAUGGAUAUAUAUUCGAAGAUGCUGUUGAUCCUCGUUCGAAGAAUUGGUUCCUAGUGACUGGACCGAUAGCUUUCUGGACAAUUAUUGGUUUUUACAACUAUUUCUGUUUAGUGCUGGGGCCAUCGUUAAUGAAGAACAGAGAACCUUUUCAAUUAAAAAAUAUUAUCAAACUUUAUAAUUUAUUUCAAAUAUGCCUUAGCAUGUAUAUAUUUUAUGAGGGUACAGUUUAUGUCUUGUCUGGGGAAUACAAUAUGUUAUGCACGCCUGUCGACUACUCUGACAGACCUUCUGCAAAUUGGAUUGCGGAAGCCGCCUGGUGGUUUUACAUAGCAAAGUUGACUGAGUUGUUGGAUACUGUAUUUUUUGUGCUGAGAAAAAAGGAUAAGCAGAUAUCGACGUUACAUAUUUACCAUCAUACGAUAAUGCCUAUCAUUACUUGGAUUGGAGUAAAAUAUAUUCCAGGUGGUCACGCCACUUUGACUGCUCUUUUGAACUCCUUUGUUCACGUCAUCAUGUACGGAUACUAUUUAGUUUCUGGCUUGGGACCACAAUACCGAAAGUAUAUUUGGUGGAAGAGGCAUUUGACAAUAUUACAAUUGAUACAGUUUGUGAUAAUCGCAAUGCACAACGUAUACCCCCUGCUCACCGAUUGCAACUACCCCAAAUGGUUUAACGUGAUAUCUGUCAUUAACGCUAUAGCUUUUGUAUAUAUGUUUGGUACUUUCUACUACCAUAAUUAUAUCAUUAAGAAUAAUAAAAAUGUAUCAAGGUGCGGUGGAGGGCGCGGUGGCGGGUGCAGUGGCGGGACGGUGGCGGACGCGGUGGAGGGCGCGGUGGCGGACGUGGUGGAGGGCGCGGUGGCGGUCGCGGUUGAGGGCGCGGUGGCGGAUGCGGUGGAGGGCGCGGUGGCGGACGCGGUGGAGGGCGCGGUGGCGGACGUGGUGGAGGGCGCGGUGGAGGGCGCGGGCGCGGUGGCGGACGUGGUGGAGGGCGCGGUGGCGGUCGCGGUGGAGGGCGCGGUGGCGGAUGCGGUGGAGGGCGCGGUGGCGGACGCGGUGGAGGGCGCGGUGGCGGACGUGGUGGAGGGCGCGGUGGCGGACGCGGUGGAGGGCGCGGUGGCGGUCGCGGUGGAGGGCGCGGUGGCGGAUGCGGUGGAGGGCGCGGUGGCGGACGCGGUGGAGGGCACGGUGGCGGACACGGUGGAGGGCACGGUGGCGGUCGCGGUAGAGGGCGCGGUGGCGGACGUGGUGGAGGGCGCGGUGGAGGGCGCGCUGGCAGACGCGGUGGAGGGCACGGUGGCGGACGCGGUGGAGGGCGCGGUGGCGGGCGCGGUGGCGGGCACGGUGGCGGGCGCGGUGGCGGGCGCGAUAGAAAGCGCGGUAGAGGGCGCGGAGGCGAUCGUGUGCGCGGGCGCAUUGUCCUCCAGUCGAUUGGACGAUCGACUAGUUAGCACUGGCUAA